UGUAGAAGUGAGAAGGGAAAUUAUUACAUGUGUUUUUCAUGGAUCGGGGUCUGGGGUUCUGGUUCACCUUAUUGCCAUCAUUUCUUUCUUGAGGAGGAAGAGGAGAAGGAGGAGGAGGAGGCCUAAUGCAUAGAAAUCAAUAAUGCGAUCGAUGACAUUAGCGCAGAUUUACUUGUGAUGUCACGAAGAAGAGUUCCAUUUCCUGUGACGUCAUUCGUUCAAUGGAUGGGCUGCCAUUUUCCUGUCGAUGGGAGAUGUUGUCUGAUAUCGAAGUUUUAUGUUUUUGUCAUGGGACACCUGGAGCAAAAUUUCGGUCCAGGAGGUGAGGUGUGACCACAGCUGUCCAGUGUCUGUGGUGUCCGCCCUGACACACCCACCCACCCACACACACGCACACGCACACGCACACAUAUUCUGCCCUUGGCAGUUUUUGUGACCCCAGUGGAGGUCACGACCCUUGCCAGUGGAGCAAAAUAGAUUAUAGAAAGGGUGCCGCUAUGUCUGAGGUAGAGCGUCGGGCGGCCAAACUGUCGAAGCAGAGUGAGGUUGAUGAGGCAGAGCCCACCAUCCCGCCGGAUCCCCACAAUGUGGUCACCGUGGUGACCAAGCCUGCAGGAGGUGUGUCCACCCCGACAGUGCUCAGUGCAAGCUCAUCUGAGACCUCGCCGGACGAGGCUCCAGCUAAGCCCCCCAACACACGCAAGCAGACUUUGAUACGCACGCAGGCGCUAGAAGGCACCUCCCCGCCCCCCGACUCCUUCCUGUCCCAACUGCACAGCAAUGGCAGCCCCACAAGCCCGGAGACAACGAUCACGGCGCCGCCCCUGUCAAAUGGCGCGCCCUCUGGUGGACUGGCCAGUCAGCGCGGGUCGGGGGCCUCCUACGAGGCCAAGGAGUUUCUUAGAUCGUCGCACAAGAUGGCCAUCUCCAAUGACUCUGGUCGUGGCACGUUUGAAAUCACGGACCCAGUCGCUGAGACAACCCUGUCCAGAGCUUCGAGCACAGAUACCAACAGCACCGCCAGCACCGUAGUGCUUCAGCAGGCAGGGGCCAUCGACAAAGAGCAGUUUUAUAAGGACGUCUCAAGUACUGAUGAAGAUAGCACAUAUAAGGACGACGCCUGUGUUGUGGAGAAAGAGAAUUUGUACAAAGAUGCGUCUGGCAUCGACCUUGGGGAGUUCUUCAAACAGACGCUAAUGAAGUCUCCCAAGGAUAAAAAAACCUUAUUUUUCCUUGAACGAGAACUACAAAACUUUGUCCGGGAUGAGUCGGUUCGUACGAAAAAGCUUCAUGAAAUGAACCCGUACGACCGUAUGCUGGUACAUCGUCUGGCAGCCCAUAUGGGUAUAGAACAUAACGUGGAUCAGACGGGCAAGAGUGUGAUCGUCGCCAAGACAGAUUACACCAGGAUACCGGAACCCAGCCUUGUCGAUUAUCUGAGAGAAAUCGAGCACGGGAGCCACGAGAAGAAAAGGAUUUUGCUGAAGAAACCAGCGAGUCUGGAUGAAAAACAGACGCGAGGCAUUGGCAAGACUCAGCUGGGCGACACCCGGGCAAAGUCUCUUGAGGAGCGUCAGCAAGUUUACAUCCGCAUUAGAGAGCGGAUCUUUGCCAAGCCCGAGUCUCUGGAUGGAUCUCAGCCUCAGACGUCCACCCCGACACUUCUCACUGCGUCGUACUCCCCCUCCAUGAUGCAGCACCAGGGCAGUGUGGAUGGCCUGAGAGCACCCAGCCUGGCCCAAGCCAAAACCAGCCACCUCUUCAAAAGUGCUGACUCGGCGACCCGCACGACCGACUCACGCUCCCACGGUGGUUCGCGACAAAGGGGUGGGAUGACAAAGUCGAACAGCUACGCGGGCUCCGUGUCCCCGCACACCACACUGCCAGGCCCUCCCGUCCCCAUGGCGGCCGCCGCCUGCCCCCAGGCGCUGGUCAACACCGCCCCUCCCACAGAGUCUCGAGCUGUGCCAGAAAGCACGGCCUAUGGCACCCCCCCACCCCUCCUGGCGACCUCUAACCCCGGUGACACAACGACCAUGACCCCUGUGGUGCCCCCAGAGCGCAGCGUCAACUCUCCGCAGACCCCUCAAGCUGGCUGCCCGACCUCGUACGCCUAUCUGGUGUCCUCGGACUAUACCAGCAUACCCGUGGGAUCCCUCAUCAUUGACCCACACACCAUGCAGCCCCAUGUGAACGCAGACGGGUCGAUGUACCGGUUUGACCCCAGCCACCCGCCGCCCUUCAUGGCUGUGAGCCACUCUCCUGCACCCGUGAACCCUGCCACCCCACCCGCACCCACUAUGAUGUACCCUGUGGAAAACAACGUGAACGCCCUGAGUGGCCAGUUUGGCCGCGCGUCCAUCAGCGGCAUGGAGGUGGUGUCGGAGGCGUGCCCGGUAGGCCAGAUGGGGCCGACGGGAGUACCCAUGUUGCCACACAUGAUGUCGCAGGUGUACACGGGCCCCACACAGGCCACGCAGUUCCCACAGGGCCAAUACCUGAGCACGUCCCCGGCCCCCCAACACGCAGUCCGGAUAGUGGCCAUCAACCCCCAGGGAGGGGCGGCGGCCCCAGUGGACAGCCAGGGACAGACUACGGUGCCCAUGCCGGCCGUCCAGGCGUACGCGCCCGUGCAGCUGUUCUCUGCUCCUCAGCCGUACCAGCAUCACAUGGUGGCGGCUGGCCCCCAGGAGGAGGUGUUGGCCGGCGCAGCUUACGGCCAGCUGGCCCCCGAGACAAUGGCCCUGAACGGCGCGGGUCCCUUAAUGCACGGCUAUAGCCUGGCCCAGGCCUACCCCGCGCCGGGCUUGACCGCUGGACAGUUCACGCAUCACCCGGGCCCGGGGCCUCAAGCCUAUGCCCCUGUGGUUAGUUCCACACCAACUACAUACUAUGCUAUUCCCCCCUCCACCCCCACACCUCCCCCGCUGUUGAACCAGCCUCCGCCCAUGCCACCGGUCGCUGUAACUCACCAGCAUCAUUCACACCAAGGCGCGCCGCAUCACCAGCAACAACAACAACAGCAGCAACAGCAUCAGCAGCAGCAGCAACAACAACAACAGCAGCAGCACCACCACCAAGUCCCGUCCCACGGUGUGCCUGCGGCCCACCAUCCGCACCACCACCACCACCAUCCCCACCUCCCCCAGCACCACCAGGCCUCCGUGCCAGCGGGUGGCCCACAUAUCUACGGCUUGCUCCACAACCCGGCGGCUGGCCCCACCGUGACUUUCCCCCACCCCCCGGCCCCAGCCCCCUCCUCCUCCCCCUCCGUGAAGUCGUGGGCCACGCUCCACCCGCACUACCGCCCGGCCUCCCCUCCUCAGCCACAACAACAAGUUACAAUAAACUAUGUAGGCCCACCCCCCACCCCGCCCCAGGCAGGAUCUCAGCUGGUGGCAGUGCCCACAGCCGGCUUCCCACAGCGCACGCUUAUACAGCUGGGGACUACGCAGAAUUUCCAGGGGCAGCCCUACAUCUAUCAUAGGCCCUUCACACCACUGCAAGGUGGCCCCGCUCUACGGCCGCACCUGCCCUCGUUGCAGCUGACUGGCCCCACACACGGGCCGCAGGGACAGGCCAGACCCAAGGUAAAUGGAGCUGGAGGGAAAUCGAAAAAAGGCUCUGGUAAGAAGUCUACAGCAGGGGCGGCAGAGGAGGAGAGCAGCGGCGCAACUGUCACCCUGGUGGCCCCUCUCAUCCCUGGCCUCACAGGGGCCUCUACGCAGACAUAUAUACCGCCCGCCACCUCCAAUAGGCAAUAGAGGCUGUGAUCUCGCCGCUUCAGAUCUGAGCGCAACACCAUACAACGGCGGGUUGACAACGGAGGCCGGGCGCUCGGGACACCUGCAGGGGACACACACACAGACACAGAGACACACGGACUGACUGGCUGUGCUGGCCUGUCAACAGAUACAACACCACACCCCACCCUACCCUACCCUUCCCCAAGCAACCCUCACAGACUACAGAAGAAGCAUCGCUGCCAGAAAGAUAUAUAUAGAUGGAUAGACUGACUGUGGAUGAGAACAGAGUGUUGAUGGAUCCAUGUGUUCGUCCGUACCCUCCACCCUCCUGUGGUCACUUAUCUCUCAGCUUCUGUCUCGUGAUGGUCGCUCAGCAGCUGUGCCCUCUUGUGAUCACAAAGACAGUCACGUACAUACUUAUAGGGGAGGUGGAAAAAGGGGGGGGGGAGGAAUGGAGGAGGAGGAAGAAGAAAAGUAGUGGCAGUAGUUGGUGUCUGUUUGCCCGGCAAGAGCUCUGCUGUCAUAUGCCUGCCCUCCAAACACCCUUCCCCCCUCCCCCCCUUCCCCACCCAUCUCAAAACAAUACCCUCGCCUCUUCUAAGCGAGUGCGAGCGCAGCCAGGUCCGUCUGUCGUGUGCCCCCCAGUGCCGGUGAUCGCCACUGCUCAUCAUAGGGGGAGAGAAUGUUGGCCUUCUGGAUCCACGUUUCAUCCAGCUGUUUUUUCCAGCCCAGCCCAGUCCAGUCCAGCCGUGGAUGUGGGGGUUUUUUUCUUGUUUUUUUUUCCCUCCCCAAUAUGAGGGCUGCUGGUGACCCAUGAAUGACUACUGUCUUGAAGACAAUCAGCCCAUGUGGCCCGGUUUUGUGGCCUGAGACUAGCAGGGAGAACACUGAUCCAUGUGUGGCCAUACUCCCUUCUCCUCUCACAUCCCUCCCACCCCUUCCCCCCCAAAUCCCCUCCAGAUGUGUUGCUAAAGUCGUUAUUGUUGAUGGAGAAAAUGUUUUAUUAGAACAUAUUUUGUUGACUUUGCUAUAAUGUGUACUUUCCCAUAAUGAGUACUGCACGUCUUCAUGUGUCAUCCAUCAUCUCCACUUUUGUGUCAUCAUCGUCAUCAUCAUCAUCAUCAUCAUCAUCAUCAGCUCAUCCGUUAUUUUGUGUCGUCAUCGAUACACUUGUGUCCUCAUUGCUACGCACCUGUCAUCAUCACACCUGUCCUAGUGUGUCAUCGUGUGUCAUUAGUACACCUCUCAUCUAGUGUUAUCAUGACACAUGACACACUAUCUCGCUUUAUAUCAUCAUGACACAUCUCAUGUCAUCAUCACUACACACACCGUUUGGACACAUCGUGUCAUAUUGUGUCAUCACGGCUCCUUUUGUUUAGUUGACUUUUGUUUUAAUGUUGUCAGUUCUAUUGUUUCAAGUGAAGUUGUUGUCACUCAGUGUGUUGAGCUGUAAGCGAGUGACGACCGCUAGCUAGAGAGAGAGAGAGAAAGAGACAGAGAGAGAAAUACAGAGACAGAGAGAAAUACUGAGAGAGAGAGAGACAGAGAG